AUGGUGAGCGCAACUGUCGCUUCACGGUCGCUCAGAAUAUCACCGUAUUCGGAAAACAUCCAACUGCACGUUCUGUCCAAACUGACUUCAGAGUUACCCACUGAGUUCGUGAAUGUAUCUCAGCUAGCGAUUCCGGAGCAUCUAACUCUCGCAGAUCCUACAUUUUUUGAGCCUGGAUUGAUUGAUCUUAUCAUCGGUGCAGAAUAUUACUACGAUUUGCUGUCAGAUGGAAGAAUCAAGCUAGUAGAUGAUGGACCUACUCUUCAAGAAACCGUCUUCGGCUGGGUCGUCUCUGGACGUGUACCCAGAUCUUUGAUUGCUGUACCACAAACCGUUUCAUAUCCUUGUACAGUUUCGGACUUGAACGAGCUACUCACGAAGUUUUGGGAACUCGAGUCCUGGCACACAGGAGGCACGUUGUCAGUAGAGGAGUCAACGUGUGAAGAAAUCUUCGAGCGAACUACCAUCCGAGACGAAACUGGUAGAUUCGUAGUCACCCUACCGAAAAAGGAAGCUGUCAUUCAGAAACUGGGGGACUCCAAGGCCAACGCUCUCAAACGAUUCUACGGACUAGAGCGUCGGUUUGCAGCCAAAGCUGCGUUGAAAGAAGCGUACUUCGAAUUCAUCAACGAAUAUAGGGCAAUGGGUCACAUGGAAGAAGUAGCAGAAGAUGACGAACCCGUAUACUAUCUACCGCAUCACGCUGUGCUGAAGCCGGAUAGCACGACGACAAAGCUUCGCGUCGUGUUCGAUGCUUCGUGCCGCACGUCGUCCGGUGUAUCGUUGAACGAUGGGUUGAUGGUAGGACCGGUCGUCCAAGACGACCUUCACUCCAUCGCGUUGCGUUUCCGAUUUCGGAGGAACGCAAUAGUGGCAGACGUGGCGAAAAUGUAUAUAAUGGUGAAGGUUUGCCCAGCUGACCACCUACUGCAGUGCAUUCUCUGGAGACCGUCUUCCGAUGAUCCCGUUCAGGCGUAUAAACUGACCACGGUUACCUACGGAACCAGCUCUGCGCCAUACCUGGCAACGAAGUGCCUUCAACGACUGGGAACUGAGGGUGCAGCAACCCACCCAGCUGCUGCGAAGACGGUCAAGAAGGACUUCUACGUGGAUGAUGCGCUGAGCGGAACUGAUGAUUUGGGGGAAGGCAGAUCGCUCGUGGCGGACUUGAUUGAUCUGACCAAUUCAGCAGGCUUUAUCUUGCGGAAGUGGAGUUCCAACAGCGCUGAACUGCUUUCCCACGUUCCAGCUGAGCUUCGGGACGAACGAAUUUCAUUUGAACUGGAUUCGUCAACCUCCGCUGUGAAAACUCUUGGUCUGAUAUGGGAACCAGCUGCAGAUAUUUUUCGUUUCGCCGUACCCCAACUAGAAUCAGAUGCUCCUAUCACCAAGAGAAUCGUUUUGUCGGAAGCAGCAAAGAUUUUCGACCCGUUAGGUCUAAUUGGUCCGGUAGUUGUGCAGGCAAAAAUAUUACUGCAAACACUGUGGAAGCAGAAAUGCGGCUGGGACGACCUGCUGCCGGAGGAACUACAGAACGCAUGGAAUGAAUUUCGGAGAAAUCUGCUGGCCUUGGACACUCUUUCUAUGCUUCCAACGCUGCCUAUGGAGCAUGUCUCUAUUUGCGAUGUAUCACGGGUGACGGCACAAUCAAUAACCGUCAGGCUCAUCACGGCCAAGUCAAGGGUUGCACCACUGGAAGAUUUGAAGCGGAAGAAGAAGGUCCUUUCGACGCCACGUCUAGAACUUUCCGCAGCGCUUUUGUUGAGUCAUUUGUAUGAAAAGGUCUGUAGCAGUGUUAAGGUUCCAUUCCAACCGUUUUUCUGGACCGACUCGACAAUCGUGAAGUACUGGCUAGCUUCUCCACCUUCUCGCUGGCAGAUUUUCGUAGCAAAUCGAGUAUCGGAGAUCCAGCACAUAACCAGCAACGGCGUAUGGAAUCAUGUAGCCGGAGCGGACAAUCCGGCGGACAUAAUCUCGCGUGGCAUGAUACCCGCGCAGUUGAAGUACGAAACGACAUGGUUUGAAGGCCCUCUGUGGCUACGGCAGGAUCGCUCAAGGUGGCCUAGCAGUUCCGCUAUCCCGGACGUCGAACACUCUCUUCUCGAGGAGCGAUCUGUCGUCGCACUGCCAGCUCGUUUGAAGACUCCUAGCGAAAUCUUUCUUCUCCGUUCCUCGUUUACCAAUAUCGUCCGGAUCGUAGCAUGCAUCCGGAGAUUCAUCCACAAUGCAACUCCGAACAAUCGCAAUCACAGACUCACGGGCCCUGUCAAGCUUCAAGAGUUGAACGAAGCGACAGACGUCCUAGUUCGUUUAGCUGAGGUGGACAGCUUUUCCGAUGAAGUUGCAGCUCUUUCUCGUAGCCGGGAGGUGAAGACUUCGUCCAAAAUCCUUUCGCUUCAUCCCAUUUUGGUUGAUGAAACGCUUCGCGUUGGCGGCCGGCUUGCUAACGCGCCAAUAGCGGAGAGUCGAAAGCAUCCUAUGAUACUCCACCACCACCAUCCGUUCACCAAGCAGAUUUUGCGGCACUACCACAUCAAACACUUCUGGUAG